AUGAUAGGUAUCCCUAGCGUACUUAUCUCUCUGUAUAGUCCUCAUCAGCAGCGACCAUGUGAUGCAUCAAUCAUACCUAUCCACAGAUAUUUUAGCACUCAUGUUUUCAUCCGAAGAAAGCAGAAGCAAGUGUUGUGCAGUUUCAAUACUUCUUGUAGUGCUGUUCAUGUGUAUUUUUACGAGCAACGCUCGCCACACAUCGAAUUGGGCCGUCCUUGUAGAUACUUCACGCUUUUGGUUCAACUACAGACAUAUUUCAAACACCCUUGCAAUCUACAGACAUAUCAAGCGUCUCGGGAUUCCAGACAGGUUUGUUCAUUCACUGAAGUUAUUUGUAGCCGAAUUAUUUUAAUGCUCUCUGAUGACGCUAGUUGUAGUCCGAGAAAUCCACGACCUGCUCAGAUUUUUAACAACCCUUAUAAUCCCAUAAAUUUGUAUGGCGAAUCAAUAGAAGUGGACUAUCGUGGUUAUGAAGCUACUGUGGAAACCUUCAUCCGUGUUCUCACUGGUCGUUUACCACCAUCCACACCAUCAUCAAAACGGUUGAAUACGGAUGAGUAUAGUAAUAUUCUUAUUUAUAUGACCGGUCAUGGUGGUGACGGGUUCCUCAAGUUUCAAGAUGACAACGAGCUCUCCAGCAAAGAACUGGCAGAUGUCUUCGAACAAAUGUGGCAGAAAAAGCGAUACCACGAGAUAUUGUUUAUUGUGGAUACCUGCCAGGCUGCAUCUAUGGGACAACUUGUCUACUCUCCCAACAUUGUGACAGUUGGUAGUAGUGCCGUUGGCGAAGACUCCCUGUCUCUUCAUGUGGAUCAAGGCAUUGGUGUGUUUACAUCCGAUCGGUAUUCUUACCACGCCGCGGAAUUUCUGCGUUCCAUUACACCAGAUAGUGGACAGACAAUGGACCAGUUUUUAUCCAUCUGUCCCAGGAGUCAGUGUUUAUCCACCGUGGUGUCACGCACGGAGCUUCUACGGCGAUCAGUUCAAACAGUGCCCGUGACGGAUUUCUUCGCCAGUGUCCGCCACAUCGUGGCCGGUCCAUCAGUACUCUCUCUACCCGACAACCUAACUCUGACCAUCAAACCCCAACAACCAUAUAAAAAGAAUUUGAACGUCAAUUCGGGUGCUCUCCGCUACGUUGAGCCAUUAUCAUUUUAA